AUGACAAUUGAGGAGGGUUCUUCACGAGUGGUAGGCCUGAUGGACAGGGGAUUGAAUAAGGUCUCGGUGUGCCAAGUCGCGACUGUGCAAACUCCAAAGCCCGGGCCAGACGAGGUGCUGCUCAAGAUUCUCUGCCGCCCCGUCAAUCCUUCCGAUGUGGUCUCGUUGAUGGGCAUCUAUCCAGGCGACUACAAGUUCCCGUAUGUCCCUGGCUUUGAAGGAAUGGGAACGAUUCACGAGCGGGUGUUCCACACUGGACACGGAGGAACUUGGCAAGAGUUCAUGGUAACUUCGCCGAGGAACUUGACAUUGGUGCCGGAUUCCAUCUCGGAUGAAGUUGCUGCACAGUACUACGUGAAUCCGUGGACAGACUGCGGCCGCAUCUGUCCUUGGGAGAAUGUUUAUCCAAAUCGCUCGUCACCAAGGCAUCAAGGUGAUCUUUGCUCUUCUUUUGAAACUGCUGGUGAUUUCUCAAGUUCCAUCCAACAGACAAUCAACUUGGUUAGGCGAAACGAGCAAAAGGAAGAGCUUAAAGCGCUCGGGGCCGACGUAGUGAUCAACUUCAAAGAGGAAAACGUACUCAAGAUCGUGAGAGAGCUUGUGAGCACGACAGUGAGGGACGAAGGCACCAUCUUGGUGUACGGGCUCUUGGACGGCGAGGACAUCAGCGCAAACCCUCCAGACGUGAUCUUUAGGCACGUCCGCGUUCGUGGCUUCCACUUGACCCGCUGGAUCGCGAAGAUCGGCGUCCCCGAGCAAAAGAAGCUCGGUGCGAAGAUCUGGGAGCUCCUGGAGAAGAAGGUGAUCACUCCAUUGACAGGGGAGAAGCUCCCGCUGGAGAAGAUCCAGGAAGCCAUCGUCAAGAGCCAGGUAAGAGAAGAAUUCCUUCCAUUGAGACUUCGAAAUAACAGUCCGAAGCUUAUGAACAAAAUAAUUCCUUCUUCUUGCAGACACCAGCGAGAGGUGGAAAGAUUCUCCUAA